AUGGUUGCGUGGGUUCUGUUGUUUAGAAAUGGAGCUGCAGUUACUUCUGCAACAGAAAUUUCAGAGGUCCAGCAAACACUUGUGAAAGAAGGUGUUACAGAAGUAGAGGUAUCUGAGCAUCAUGUUUUUCUCCUUGGAGAGAACCGCUGGGAAGAUUCUUCUAAACUUAGCAGGAACCAAAAAAAAGGAGGUGAAAGCAAGACAAUGAAUACCACAACAAGGUGUCUUACUUGUCGAGGGGAGGGUCGCUUAUUGUGCACAGAAUGUGAUGGAACAGGUGAGCCAAACAUUGAAGAACAGCCGUUCUUGGAUUGGGUGGAAGAGGGAGCAAAAUGUCCAUAUUGUGAAGGUCAUGGAGAGGAGAUCGGACUCUAA